CCGGCAGCGAGCAUCUCUACCCGGCAGUUUCAUCGGUCAUCUUCACAGCUUCUUACUCAUCGUUAUUGCAACAGCUAUCAAGCAAGAUAAAUCUAUCAAGCAGAACUUCAGUCUAUUCACAAAAACACAUCAACAUUUAGCUACUUAUAAACCAAGCAACACUUGUAUGUUGCAAUUUCUGGAGGUGUCUGUGAAGGGCUCGGAGAUUAACGUUUCAGAUAAACGGCUGCAGGAUGGAGACGCAGAUACAUGUGCCCGUCGGGUCGCCGGUCAUUAGAAAAAUUCCCAUUUUCGUGGACGAACACAACGUAACGGAGGGGGCGAUGAAGCUCAUUAAAGAGCUGAGACCGACGUGGGACACCAGCCAUGUCAAGACCAAGCAUCCUUCACACGAGCUCUUCACUGAUGGAACCACCAACAAGCUGGUGGGCUGCUACGUGGAGGACAGUCCAGAGGACGUCGUGCUGGUCCGAGUGUACGGGAACAAGACUGAGCUGAUUGUGGACAGAGACAAUGAGCUCAAGAGCUUUCAGGUGCUACAUGCUAAUGGUUGCGCUCCUCGUCUCUACUGCACCUUUCAGAACGGCAUCUGCUAUGAGUUCAUGCAGGGGGAUGCUCUGGGGACGCAGGAUGUCAGGGAUCCUUCCCUACUCAGACUGAUAGCCAGGGAGAUGGCUCGUAUUCAUGCCAUCCACGCACACAACGGCUGCAUCCCCAAACCUAACCUCUGGAUCAAGAUGAGGAAAUACUUCUCCCUUGUGGCCACAGAGUUCACCGAUCAAGCCUCCAACAUCAGGAUCCAGCAGGAGGUUCCCAGCAAGGUGGUGCUGGAGCAGGAGAUGGUGUGGAUGAAGGAGCAUCUCUCCACGCUGGGCUCCCCUGUGGUGCUCUGCCACAAUGACCUGCUCUGCAAGAACAUCAUCCACAACAGCAAAGAGGGUCAUGUUCGGUUCAUUGACUACGAAUACUCCAGCUACAACUACCAGGCCUUCGACAUUGGCAACCACUUCAACGAAUUUGCAGGUAUGACUGAGCUGGACUACGGGCUGUACCCCAGUCGGGAGAUGCAAAUGGACUGGCUCAAAGUUUACCUGCAGGCAUACAAACUCUUCACCAAGAAAACAGAGGAGGUCAGCCCACGAGAGCUGGAGACACUCUACGUACAGGUCAACAAGUUUGCUCUGGCUUCUCACUUCUUUUGGGGCUUCUGGGCGCUCAUCCAGGCCAAAUACUCCUCCAUUGAUUUUGACUUCCUUGGGUACGCUGUGCUUCGUUUCAACCAGUACUUUAAGACCAAACCUGCAGUGAUGGCCAUGCAGAUCCCAGAAUGAGAGGAGACAGAGGAGGACAGGAUGAGGCGAGAAGACAGGCGGGAGGGUGUCAACAGGUUUCGUGCUGGGACGUCCUGUAGGGUGGGAACGCUUCUCUGUGAGCCAGCUAUUGAUGGACCACUCCGUGGUCUACCUGGCAUCCUUUUCUGCAACGAGUGCAGUUCCUCUUUUAUUCCUCCAAACUUAGCUUCACAUCUGUCACAACCCUAGCUCAAGAAUUAUAAAACUCAUGUGCGUUCGCUGUGUGUAUGUGAGUGUGUGCUUGUCUAUGUUCUUAAUUUAUCUGGAUAAACCUGACGUCUCGCUUUCCCUCUGCAGCUGAACCAGGCGUAGUGAGCACAGCAGUCUGAGUUUGGGGUAAAGUUCACUCACUUAAAACCUGCUUCAUUAUCUGUCACACUGGCGCCAAUAUGUUCCACGGUGCUGGUAAUGAAGGUCAAAAGAAGGAUGAGACUGUAACCAAGAGUUUGAUGCUGACGUUGGCAGUUCGUUCUGUUCUCUGUGUAUCUUAUGGCUCAAUGCCACGACCUCAAUGCAGUUAGAAACUGACUCCAGUGGCAUUUCACCUGGGAUUCCUCACAUUCUGCAUGUGGUGUGCGGUGGGACCAUUCCUCCUUCUGUCUUAAGUUAUUUUAACAGUUUGACUUCUAAUCUAUGUGAUCCUUCCUCUCAUUUCUCCAUUUAUGGUGCUAAGUGCUUGUAGCCGCGGUAUUUCUGCACUGCAUUUCCCAGAGAUCGCCUGUGCAUCACACACUGUGGGCAGCACUGUGUCGUUCCUCUUUCCCCGGAUCGAUGCAGGUUGAGCUUCUGUCGGUUUCUCCUCUAGCUGUUCCCAGCAAACUGCUUUUGCUGCUGCUGAAAUAUGAAACAUACUUUUCUGUGUGCUAGUGGACUUUCUCCCCUGGAAGGAGCUACCAGACACUGAGUGUGUGGAACAGCAAAUAGAAAAGCUUUUCAUGGCCUGGCUGUUGGUUGAAUCACUAUUGUGUUAUAGCAAUCAGUGAUAGAGAGCGGCUAAAGGUGCAUUUAUUUAUUUAUGUGGAUUAUUCAUCUCAGGUCAACAACUCUUCAGUUUGGGUUGCUUUAGUAAGUGUUGCUUUGUGUUGAAAUGGGAAGUGGAACUGAAGCAGGAGGGGAGAUAGAUUUCUUUUCUUUUUUUUUUUAAAUAACGGACCUGUGUAAAUGUCACUCUAAACUCUGUGUGCAUUUCUGUCCUCAUACUGUUUUUCCACCUUCUUGACUUUUAUGGUUAAAGUGAAGCGCUCUGUUAAACUUUCCAGACCUCUUGGAAAAAUCCCCCCCCCCCCUCCUCACCACGUCUAAUGCUUUCCUGUGUCUGAUCCCUGUUCACAUUACUAUCUCCUCCCACCCCUGUUUUGUUUCAUCUCUCCCUUUGUCAGUGGAUAUUGAGGCAUCAACACCUGCUCCACUGGCCGUCUUAACAUCAGAGCACCAUACUGUAAUCCAUUCCUAUACACAUCACAGAUUCUAGGCCAAAUUUUGUUAUUUAAUCAGACAUUGCAUAAGUUAUAUGGAGGGUCAAACCAAGUCUAUCUGGGGCUUUGUUUCCAUCGUGACAUCACCUCGUACUUGGAUGGAAAAAGACGUCAUCUGACUCUGACACUAACUUUGUCAUUUCCUGUAGGGAGGAAAUCCUCAUUCUACUGUCAGCAAAAAUGCUAGAACCCUUAAAGCGGGACUUGACUGGUUUUACACAUCAAAGUCUGUUUACAGGUAUUGGGGAGUCCUAUUGCAAAUGUGAAAAAAGUUUAAUAAAACCUUUUGAGCAGUGUGAAAUUUCCUCAAGUGAUGUCACUUGAGUCGGCGUCGGUUGGGGCUGAACAAGUUGAAAAAUAAAAAAUCUGGAGGUGUGGCAUUAGAAAUAGGUGAGCUUACCAGACCUCUGUAGCCUGUAGUGCUGUGACUUUUUAUUUGAAAUUCAAACAUUCCUUUCAAUGUAUGAAAAAAAAAAAUUGAACUGUAGAGUUGUUCGAAACGUACUAUAAGUUGAUCAGACUGUCUGAAGUAGUUUGCCUUGUGGUCAAGCAGAGGGCUAGUUCACUACCAGCUUGACGUAUUUCAUGUCCAGUUGACACUCACAGUGAAUUAAGCUAAUGAAUAAAAAUGGAGGAAGAUACUAGUGAGCAAGCCCAUGCUAACUGCGUAAUCAGUGUGAGGCAGUAUUUUUAGGAGGUUCUAUGGUUCUUUGCCACAGUUGGCAAAAUUUCCAACAAAGAUGAGGCUGUUUUCUGACUUUGUAAAAAGCAGUUACCUGACUCUACAACAACAGCAACAAAUCUGAGGAGUCGUGCUAACUGAUACUUGUGGCAACUGCAGUAUGGAUAUGCUAUAUGUAUGCAUUCAAGUCAGUUUUAUGUGUCAGUUCAGAUUUGUUCAAACUUGACUUUUUGAACAAGUGACAGUCCAAGUAGCCCACUCCUCAUUUCUGCUUGAGGCUACGACUUCUGAUUCCUACCAGGAUCCUUUGCACUUUGAGUCCAGUCUUGUGUUAAUACACUGCAGAUUUAGUUGUCUCGUCUUAUAUCUCCUAAAGAGGUACUCUGGCAAUGUAGUAUUGCACUUACUUAAAAUCAAAUCAAAAUUGAAGCAGCAGAGGCUCCUGAUUUUUAGGGUUAGGGUUAGGGUUAGGGUUACUCCAAAAACAAUGGAUCCCAUAAUGCAACUUGGUACAUCUUUUCCCUGACUGGUAUAUCCCCAUGUCUUUAACUUGAAAUUCCAAGUUUACAACGCAGGGUAUCUCUUGAGAGUUUGUAGUCUUCAGUCCCAAGAUGAAAUGACUCAAAUGAUGUCACUUGCUGUGACUAAUGAGUACCUUCAUUAGCAGGGCAGUAAUGCUCAUCAAAACUUCCCAGGGUCCAAAGUGGCCUUUUUAAAUGUCUUAGUGUUUGUCUGACCAAUGGUCAAAAACCCAAAAUAUUCAGUUUGACCUGUUGUUUGAUCUAUGACAAAUAAGAGCAACAUAUUUGCACAUUGUGAAACCUGCAACCAGUGAUUGGACUUUUUCACCAUUUUUGCUAGAAAAUGACUGCAACGACUGAGCAGUUAUCAAAAUAGUCUCUGUCAAUCAACCAGUCGACUAAUCGUUUCAGCUCGCCUUGAGCCAUUUUCUCUGACUUGAUCAAGUUCCUUCCAGAGUCGUUCAGCUGUUUUCACUAACUAUGAUCAUUAACCAGUUCUUUAUGUGUAGAAUCAGGAGUAGGGUGCCCUUGCUCAUUAAUUUCUUAUUUUCCUUUUUUUCUUAUUCUGACUGCUAAUAGUUAAUACAGUUUUCCUUUUUGAGGCCUGCAGACACCGUGACACUGACCCGUCUCUCAGAAAAAUCUUGAUACUACACAAGCAAUGAACUUAAGCACAGGAUUGACGCCUCCUCCCAAUCGACGCAAUCACUGACCCGAUUAAACUGGAAUGAUGAGCACAUACAUGAAUCUUAGGAAGCUAUUCAUUCAUGCUACCAGGCUGCAGAAAAGGGAUGUGCCUUCUCUCUCACCUACACACACUCUUAAGGAUAUUUAACCCCUCAUUGACCCAGCAGGGGGUGACACUGAGCUCUGACCUUUGUCCUCCACAAUGGGUCUCUUGUAACUGACGGCUUAUUAGUUUCCCAGGUGAGCAGCAGCCUUCCUGAACAGCAGAGCAGACAGAGACAGAGACUGAUGAUAAUGGUUUUCAGUCAGGUGAAGUGUUUUGAGCAGGAUCACAUUUACAUCUGAAAUGUGUCUGUGGUUCUUAUCCUUGAAGUUAUGAUUAUAGCCUUCUGAAUGUGAACUAUAACUCUUUUUUUUAGGGCUGUGUGAGACUAAAUGGGUUUAAGAGUCACUUAGUAAAACAUGUACUCAUAUGAUGGCACAUAUUUGGGAGCAAAAAGCAACCAAUGGCACUGUCUUGAAAAAGCUCAAAUCACCCACAACAGUAGUGGAUUUUUAAUUUAAUCAAGAGGCCCUUAUUUUAGGGACCUAAUAGUGGAGUAAUCUGCUUUAGUAGAUUUUCAGACAAAGGCCAAAUUAGUGAGCUUGCUGCUUGAACGCACAAUCCUAAUACGGUGGUAGGAAUUUAGCCUAGAUAAAAAGGGCAUUUGCACCCAAUGAGCACUGAAUGAACUUCUUCAUUCACUUAAUGGAGGACACUGACCCCGAGUGGACCUCAUCUGUUGACACAGUUUAGGAUUUUUGAAGAGACAAAGUUGGGCGGGUUUAUUUAAUUUUUUCUGAAAUGGCAUCUAACACUGUAGCAGACACUAAUGUUAAAGGCGAGAGUUAAAUGUCUGGUUGAACUGAAAACACAUUCCACACAGAACUGAGGUUGCACUCAUGCUGGGGUGCGCUAAUAUUUUAGCAGCUGUGCCCAUUGGUCACUUUACCCACUGUAUUGUUUGGCACCAAAAUAUUCUUCAUGCUACUGAAAUGGUUCAAUCCAGUUUAUAUUGUAAAGGCUUCAACAUUGCAUUCCCUUAGACUUUCAUAGGGAGGGUCACCCCUCUCUGAACACAUGUAACUUUACAGCAUGUUAAAAGCACAAUGAGUGAUCAAACAUUCCCUUAGCAUCAAAAAUCCUGAAACCUACUAUCACUCUCAAAAUGAUUGACAGGUCUUUAAAGAGUAACCUAAUGGCAGGCUGAAAAGCAGUGUUUUAACUGGUAUGUCUGGUUGUAUCUGUAACCACACCCAACAGUGAUGUCACAGUGUAUAGACACACCCUCUAGUACACAUCACUGCAGCAAGGUGAGAAGUUAAACCACUUUUCAGUAGGUGUUAAGUUACUCUUUAGAUACACAAACUGGCACUGUACAACAAAUACAUCUAAGUUACUAACAAGACAUAACAAUUUCAUGUAAAGGUUCACUUACUAGCUUUUUCAGAGGCUUUCAAUUGCAUCACAUUAUCUUCAUCGACUUCUUUUGUUCACUAAAAAGUUAGCUAAAGGUUUUGCACUGUUGACUGCACUGACAAUAAUGUUUGACUAGUUUAUCCAGCAGUAACAGAUCUCCACACUGCAGGAUGAAAUUGAGAAGUAUAACUGCAUGCAUGCAUGCAAGUAUCAUUUUCAUACUUUAAAUAUUUCAAAGCACACUGGGUAAAGUGACAAUGAGCCAAACACAGAAUUAGUGUGAAUAUUCGAUGAAGUUCCUGAAACGUUGCCUAUUUAUAGACCAGUACGUUUAUCUGUUUUUGCGGCGGCUGCUCUUAUCUCAUACAGGCUGUCUGAAUUUCCUGUUCCACGCUGGCUAUCAAAGAUUUCCCUCUUUGUGCUUGGCCUUUUAGGUUUGAAAGCAGUUGUAAACAGGGUCUAUUUAUUGAGUGAAUUUAACAUUGCAUUUUACACAUUUUCUUUUUUUGUUUUCUAAUCAUACCAAAAUGGUUAGCUUCAGAGAGUUUGCAUUGCAGUUCAUUUGAGAUUAACUAUUUUUGUGUGUGAAUGUACUAACUUAAUUUUAAGAAACACUGUACAGUUAACUGAUUACUUGUUUUCCUUUGUAUGCUGAUAUUUACUUUUUGUAAAUGCUUUGACUUGAAAUGUAGAGCGCUGUGUAAAAGGAGCCAGUGAUUGGCUUGUAGAUGUGACUUUGUAAAUGUACUCAUCCACUGCUAAAGGAGAUGCUGCGUCAGUGUGUGUGGUCAGCGGAGAUGGAGGAUGUAAAUACUGUAAGAAAUACUGUGAAAAGCUUACUGUACAGUGAUCCUUCACACCUCUGUAGGAGUGGCAAGAAGAAUUAUUUAACAGUUGUCAGUAAAUAUUUCCAU